GAUUCCUAUCGCAUCAUGGAAACUAAUACUUGUACUACUAUAGUACUAGUACUACUAUGGCUCUACCUAUGCAUCCAGGCAGUGGGCUCAUUGGUGGCUUUGAUAGAAGAAUUCGACGCUAUGGUGUUACUAUCCAGCAUUACUACACUAUCUACUGUCUUACUCGGAGUAUGUCUAUGGCAAUGCCACAAGGCAGGGUACCUCGUAUCACCAAUGACCUGGUACCACUGGGUAAUACUAGCAUUACUAGUAUUACUACAGGUAGUGGCAGUGGUAAUGGUAUUACAGGAGCGGAUAGGUUUGCAUUUAAGUGAUUAUUUAUUAGGAACUUCGAAAUAUUAUAUUUUCGGUAUUACAGGGGUAUUAGCGGUUACACUUGGUAUACUAGGUGGUACCCUAUACUGUGGCUGGAAAUGUAACUUAUUCUGUAGACCAUGUUGCAAGAGCCAAUACGUAUGUUAUGGUAGUGCAAUAGUGGUAGUACUUCUGAUCCUGACAUUGGUGGCAGCAAUAGCCUCGCUAAUUGGGAUCUAUGGAGGCAAACCGCUUAACGGAAGAGCGCCUAGCGAGUUAUCGUCUCCUCAAUACCUUGGGAAAAUGUUUUUACCCUGUACAAAUUUCUAUGCCAUAGCGUUAAUCUGGACUACUAUACUCAAGCUACCAUAUACGGUCCCGGAGGUUGCUACACUCAUGGCAUCAGCACUAGCUGUGUCUUCUAUGGUGUCAUUGGCAGUAUUUGUCAGUACUAUGGAGCAUACGUCACCGCAAUCUAGAGUUACACCCUACUCCUUCUUAGCGGUGCAUCUAGUUUCCUUGGUAAUUACCUGGUACUGCCUGGAGUAUAAGGGGAUAUUCCAUUGGCCCAAGGAAAACAUGUGCUUCGGGGUAUUUGCAAUAACAGUGAUACUUGUAGCACUGGUAGUGAUAGUUAUACAGAUUGCUAUCAAUGACAACGAACUUAACGGUGUGGAAUACACCCUUCUGGGCUACUCACUACUACUGAUGAUACCAACACUGUGGUAUGCAUACCGAUGUGGUCUUCUUAGAUGGUGCCUCCCCAAGAAGAAGGGUCUGGAGGCUACUAACACUACUGAGAACACGGUACCAGACACUGAUAUCGCAACUGAGUAGUACUGUCAGUGCUAUCAAUA